GUGUUGCUGUUUGCAGUUGUCGGGUUCAGCUGUUCAUCUCGCGUGCCAUAUAUCCCAAAUGCAUCAUGGGUAACCUCUCUCUUCUGGCUUUCCUUCGAUGGGUCUUUUUUUCCUUCCUCCCUUCAUUUUAUUGAGAACAACGCUUUGGAGACUGAAGAGUAAAUUCCCAUUUUUUCCGUCGACAUCUUCCUCAAACUUCGGUGAUCUGUAGCAGCCAUGGCCCGUACCAAGCAGACUGCCCGUAAGUCCACUGGAGGCAAAGCCCCACGUAAGCAGCUGGCCACCAAGGCAGCUCGCAAAAGCGCCCCUUCCACUGGUGGUGUCAAGAAGCCCCAUCGCUACAGGCCCGGAACUGUAGCUCUGCGAGAGAUCCGUCGUUAUCAGAAGUCCACCGAGCUGCUGAUCCGCAAGCUACCCUUCCAGCGUCUGGUGAGAGAGAUCGCCCAGGACUUCAAGACGGACCUGCGUUUCCAGAGUGCAGCCAUCGGAGCUCUGCAGGAGGCCAGCGAGGCGUACCUGGUCGGCCUGUUCGAGGACACCAACCUGUGCGCCAUUCACGCCAAGCGUGUCACCAUCAUGCCCAAAGAUAUCCAGCUGGCCCGCCGUAUCCGUGGAGAGCGUGCUUAAAAUAUUAUGCUUGAUGAUGCACUGUCCUCUAAUUUCUCCUUCAUCUCUACUUAGUAGUUUGGUUUGAGGUUCUAGAUACACACAAAUAUAUCUAUAUCUAUAAAAACCAUAUGAUUGUGAUAACCGUAAGUUUGUGAUCAUGUCUCCUAUGGUGCUACUAGUAGCAGCUUUUCUGUAGUGGUAUUUUUACAUAUUUCAAACUCGGGCCCAAUUAGUAAAAACACAGGAAUACUUUGUUACCUCGAUGAAUACGGUGUUUGGAGGCAAGGGUCGUGUGUGAAACGGGCAUAGGAAUCGGGAUUAUGAUUGACAUUUAGAUCUAACUGUUAAACAAAUAUAAUCUUUCUUUUCAGAUAGAAAUUUGUUGUAAAAGUAUUGAUUUUGUUUAUCUUAUUUACAAUAAUGUUGUAUUUUUACUGUUACUGGUCUAUGUAUCUGAGUAGAAGCGUGUGAUCUGCUUGUAGUUGUGGUCACUCAGACCACCAACGCUGCAUGGUUUUGGUCUGGUAGACUUCCACGGCGUAGAUGUAGCAGACCUGUAUCAUGUUUUAAUUUACAACCAUGGUAUUAUGUCCAGGUAAUUGUUUUCCUCUCUCAGGUUGAUAUGAUAACCUAUUUUUUCUACUGUGGUUUUGAUUUGUGCUUUUGGUCGUUUUUAAGAAACAAAAUUUGUACUUUGGACUUAACUUUCAGACACAAUAAAAUGAUUCUUGUGGUUCAAAGACUCAGAAAUUUCA